GCUUAAGCCAUUGAAAACUCUCGAUGCCGGGCCUUUGCGUACAUCCAUACCGCAGCAGAAACAGAGGUGGGAGCACUCUCAAUGAUGGUGUUACGGGCCGUGCUGAGAAUUUGCCAAGUUACAGGUCUGGUAAGCUUCCUCGAUGCCAGUCCCAGCGAGGCAUUUGUCUCUGAGUGUUCAGAGUCAGAGCUGCUUGCAGUGGAGGAUGAUGCAUUAGCUGCUUCAACUCUACUUCUUCAAGCCAAUAUUCAUCAAUCACGGGUCGCGACGGCCGGCUUCCAGGAGGCGAGAGUUCCAUCCAAGAUUUAUAGUUUGUUUUCCCACUUAGAAGGGGAUGAGUUUGACAGUGUUCUGGCCAACACGACUGAAAUUCCUGAGGAAGCUAGCGAUCUUUGGCCAGUCCUGCAGCUGGUGAACUCUGGAAAGGACAAGGCAGAGUCCGAUCCAAUGUGGGCCAGCGUUCAUGAGUUGAUUCGACGCUUUUUGAAGAACUCAAAUUCAGAGGCUGAGGAGCUGGUUCGGCUGUGCCAGAGUGGAGAUAUGGAACAGUUCAGCAAGAAAGGGUGCGCCAGGCCUGAUGGACAGAGGCUGAUCAAUGGUAUCCCUGCAGAUCGCUACUUCUGUGGCGUACAAAACUCUGGGAUCAAUUGGGGCUCGGAGAAGGUGAUCAACUUGUGCAGAGCCGAAGUGGGUUCAGCUUAUACCCUGAGCGGGUUUUGUGGCAGCUUGAGCAAGAAGCAGCUUGUGUUGAACUUCCUGAAUGGCGUGCAUAAGACCAAGGAGGAUCCCAGAUACAUCAACGUGCCGUCUGUGACCUGCAUCAUGGACUUAGCGGACUGUGAUAUUUACUUUUGUCAGCACUGCUCGCAUGUAGGCUGUGUACAUAGCACCAAUAGUUCCGUAUAAUAUAUAGAUGGCCAGAAAUUGCCAGAAACUUGGCUUGGUGAUGUACCAGGAAUUACCAGGAACCGCGAGACAGGGCUGGUCCGGUUCCUGUGAGUUUCACUACACUACAGAGAAACGCUGAGCAGGUGCUGGUUGGUGUCUUUUGACUGGUGCUGAGGGAUUGUUGCAGAGUCCCAAGGAUGUCUGAGAGUCUAAGCCCCAAAUCAUUGAGAAGCUUGAAACUUAAUAUAAACACAACUAGUUUCGAUAAAGGGACGCGGAUGGAUGGAGGAAAGAGAAGGAAAGAGAAGGAAAGAGAAGGAAAGAGAAGGAAAGAGAAGGAAAGAGAAGG